GAGGCACUGAGUUUGAUCCUCAGCACCACAUAAAAAUAAAUAAAUAAAGAUAUUGUGUCCAUCUACAACUAAAAAAAUAUAUAUAUUUUUAAAAAUUUAAGCUUUCCGGACUAGGCCGAGCUAUAGGCGCCAUCAUGGGAAUCAACAUACGCCACAAGAAGGACCGAAAGGUUCAGCGCAAGGAGCCCAAGAGCCAGGGCAUCUACCUAGGGCUGUUGGGCAAGUUGUACAGGUUUCUGGCUAAACGAACCAAUUCUACCUUCAACCAAAUGGUACUGAAGAGGUUGUUCAUGAGUCGCACCAAUAGGCCACCUGUCUCCCUCCCUUGGAUGAUCCGGAAGAUGAAGCUUCCUGGCCGAGAAAACAAAACAGCUGUGGUCGUGGGGACCAUGACGGAUGAUGUUUGUGUUCAGGAGGUGCCCAAACUGAAAGUGUGCGCACUGCGCGUGAGCAGCCGAGCCCACAGCCGCAUCCUCAAGGCUGGGGGCAAGAUGCUCACCUUUGAUCAACUGGCCCUGGACUCCCCCAAGGUCUGUGGCACAGUCCUGCUCUUUGGUCCUCGCAAGGGCCAAGAGAUGUACCGGCAUUUUGGCAAGGCUCCUGGGAUCCCACACAGCCACACCAAACCCUACGUCCACUCCAAGGGCAGGAAAUUCGAGCAAGCCAGAGGCCAGAGAGCCAGCCAUGCCUACAAAAACUAAUCCCAGUUUUACUGUUAACAAAGAGGCUUUGAAUUUGGGGGGAAAAAAAUUUAAAUAGGUAUGAUGUAAUUCAACUGAAGUAAAGUGUCAGAUUAACAGAUCUUAUCUACAUUAGCAGGAAAUAAGAGCCAUAUCACAAGUGUUUUGAUUUUCAUUGUUAAGACCCAUUACUGAUUUAGAAGUAUUUAAACAUGAGAAAACAAAUAGGAAUCCUAAGAAAUACUUGAUUAGCCAGGCAGAAAGCAAGGAGGAAAAUAUAUUAGGUGGAGGGGAGGCAUAUUCAAUAUAUUUGGUAGCAAGAGGGUAGGACAUAUUGGAGGGCCAAAGAAAUCAGAAUGUGGCUAGAGUUCACAGUGAAAGCAAUGGAAAAUGACAAGAAGGAGCACUUAAUUCUGGUGUGGAGUCUUGUCAGGGUGGCAAUGCCAUUUGAGCUGGGCCUUGGGAUAGAUAAGAAUUUAUGUGGCAAUAAUGAGAAUGGGAAGUACUUUAGGUGUAAGUAAAGAUGCUGACAUAACUCUUUUCUCUGGGAUCUAUAUAAGAACAUCAUAAGUCAUAUUCUUUCUCACCCUGCAGUUUGG